AUGGCAAUUGAAGUUUUGUCGGGGAUUUCAAGCCCCAGGAUCUCGUUUUCCGAUGAUCUCGACCAAAACGACGGUGUGGGUUCCGUCGAAGAAUGUCGACAUCGGAGACUAGACACGUCGCUGUUGAAUUCGUCGUCGGAUUUCGACUUCUGCUUCGAGAAUUACAGUUACGUUCAAGAGCUGCCCACCGCUGAUGAGCUCUUUUCCAAUGGCAAGAUUCUCCCGAUCGAAAUCAAGCGAAAACCCGUCAUCCCAAAACAAGCUCAUCGUCAACCGGAUCCAGCUUCUACUCGUCGUCGGACGAUUACAACGGAGAGCUCGGGAACGAAACGAUUAAAAGAAUUUUUAUCGAUGAGCAUCGAUGCAGACGACAAGCCUGCAUCGAAAUCGUUUUGGCAGUUCAAGAGAAGCAGUAGCCUCAACUGCGAGAGCAGUCGAAGCAAGAGCCUAAUCCGCUCAAUCCGAUUCCUCACACGAAGCAAUUCAACCGGUUCGGCUCCGAUUCCGAAAGAAACCCAGAAGCAUACUUUCCUGAAGCAGCCAUCUUUGUCGAGGAAGUCAUCGGUGUCGAGUUCGUCUUCCGGUACGUAUUACAGUUACGGUAAUCCAACACAGAAGCCGAGUUGUGGAGCACAUGGGAGUACCGGUGUUCGAGUCAGUCCUGUUUUGAAUCUACCGCAUCCGAUCAUUUCAAAUGUGACCGUCAGCUUCUUCGGGUUCGGUUCUCUCUUCUGUAAUGGUAAGGUUAAAAAGAAGAAAAGAUGA